AUUUUUACCUUGUCCAACAGUGAGAAGCCAAGUUGGGCCGACUUAGUGGAAGAAGGAGAAUCAGGUACGGCUAUUAAGCAGUCCCAGCAAAAUUAGUUUAUCUCUUUCCUUCCUCAGUCAAACACUACAAUGUUACUUUCACUCCCUGGAGGUUCAAAAAAUCAUCAUUCCACCAUACAUUGUAUCACUGGUCAAUAUCUCAGUGUGUCUGGUGUUUUGGAAGCUAUUUUCAUCUUAAUAUGAAGACCAACAAAGGAAGGUGGAGAUAAUUAUCGGCUGUUUAUAUUUUUCUCCUCUUAGAUCACUUACCCCCUGCAUCAGAGGUUAUUGAAGGAGACACAAAAAUUGUAACUGAGUUCAAAAGGAAUGAAGAUGGAAAGCUACUUAAGGUACUAUAAUAUUUACAACUCUUUUACCAUUUAGGAAACUGGGCAGAGCUUACUUUCAAAAAGAUUCCAGGGACUGUUACUAGGGGCAGGGAAAAAAAAAAGGGGGCACCCAACAAGAAUAUAGGUCAAAACCACUUAAACAUAGCAUUGUUAAACGUAUUUUAGUAUAAUUUAAACGGUAGAUAUAGGCAUUUUUUUUUUCAUCUGCUCGGAUUUCCUAGCUGAAAGUCUAGUGAUCCGAAAAUUCUAGUGAUCAAAACUUAUCUUUUCGAAAAUUUUAGCCAGAAAAAAGGCUCCUGAAAAUUCUAGGUGACCUUUUUAAGGUGGAAAUCCGUUAAAAAUGGGCAAUUAUACCAUUUUUUAGAUGUUCGAAAAUUCUAGGAGAGGCAGACAAGCAAGAAAUUUUGCAACAAAUGUUCUGAAAAUUCUAGAUCUCAAAUCAUCUUCCGAACAGAUAUUAAUUUUUCCGAAAAUUGACGUUGGGUGCCCCUGAAAAUUGGCCAAUAGCUGACCAGGAAGUCCCCAAGAAUGAUUCCAGAAACGAUAUUGCGCACAAGGCAUUUUGGCACCAGCCUCCUUAUCAUUUCUAAAGUGGUGAAUUAUCACUGUGUAAAUAUACACGUGUUAAUACAGAUGAAAAAUAAUUUAUGUAACAUUGAUCAGAUCAAAUUAAUGUACAUGUCAUGGUUCAAUAUUCUAUUCUUAGUUUAAAUGACUCUUCUCUAUUUCAAACUCAGUAUGAUACCUUACCAUACCCAUAAAAAAGGAAAAUAAAACUUAAACCAUAAAUGAAAUUCAACUCACAACAUAUUACAGUACCGCCCAAAAGUAAGUUGAAAGUCACUCGAGUCUUGAUCCUCAAGUCUUGAGACUUGAAACUUUCGAGAAUCAAGUCUCGAGAAUCGAUCGAUUCUUGGGUUUCAAGUAUCAAGAGUCGAGUCAAAAAAUAUAAUGAGCUUGUCACUUGACUGAUCUCCCAAGGAACAAAUUCAUCAAGCAGACAGCCCUCUGGUUUAAAGGGUUGUGAGGCACAUGCUGCAGGCUGCCACAAAUGGCUUUUGCAAGCCUCUCUGUCUUUCAUGUGAAACAAAAUUUGCCCUUUCCAAUUGUAUCCGUACGUUUAAUGGGCGAGUUGAAUGCCUGACAAUUUCCCUGCUCUUUCUGUGCUUUGAAAACCAAAAUGGAAACUUUUGGUCGUUGACCCCUGGCUAAAAAUUACUGCAGAUAAAAGGCAACAAACAAGCACAUAUGUCAUGUAAUUUUUCCCCUGUGGUUCAGUUCAAGUUUCUCCUCUAAAAAUGACCUCGAAUGAGAAAGUCUUGGAGAAAUCUUCAGUGAUCAUGACUGUUGCCUUUAGAAAUGUUAGGGCGCUGUUGUAUGCAUUAAAGUGUUUCAAAUUGUGUGUCAAGUUAAAGCAAGUGGUUUCAAAUUAUGCUUGACAUGUGCAAAUUUUACUUUCAUGUUAGCAUUCUAGCUUGCUAUAAAUAGUUAUACUUGGGGAUUUCUUAUAUACUUUUCUGUCAGCUUUACACUAUGCCUUUUAAAAUUUGUUAAAUGUUUUGUGGUAAUUCUUGAAGGGCGUGCAAAAAAGUGAAGUUUAUGAAAAACAUUCAUGGCAGCUAUCAUAAUUCAAGAUCAUAUUCUACGACGACACAACGAACAUAAUUACAUACCUUCAAACGUUUAAUAUGUACGAAAGUAAAACAUCUCUUAUAGUUCAUAAUAUUGUACAAAUACAGAGACUCAAUUAUCCAAAAAUUCAAGAUAAACAACCGUUUAUUCUGUUUAUUGGUCCUUUUUUAUCACGGAAAAACUUACACAUGGCAAGUGUGCAUGUCAAGGGCCGAUGGUCAGUGUGGAUUUUUGCUUUAGCAUAAAUCAGAAUGGCCGUUAUCUUUGUUGAGAAAUCUUUCUUAGAAUCCUCUCGAGUGAUGCAUAUUCAAAUUGCUGGUUUCUCGAACUCAAAAGUCAAUUCUUGCGUCUCGAGACUUGAUUCGCGUGUCUCAAAACUUGAUUUGUUCGAGCUUCAAGUCGCGACAAUCGAGUUUUGAGUCGAGACUGUCAACUUGCUUUUGAACAGUACCAUAUAACAGUUUUAUAAUUUCGUAUACAGAUUGUGAGGACCUUUAAAAUUGAAACAAAAAGAGUUUCAAAGGUGAUAGCAAAAAGAAAGGUAAGCGAAUGUUCUGUAUUUCAAAUUUGAGUACUGCAUCUUCUCAAUUAAGAGCCUUACCCUUAAUAAACCCUGGUUAAUAACCUAAUUUCCACUAUUCCAGCUGUUAAGGUGGCCCGAACGUAUUUAUAAGCCUGUUAGUAAUGUUUUUGAAUUGCCUUUUUCAGCAGGAAUGAUUUAACCGAUUUUUGUUGUGGAGGUGUGUGUGGCCUAGCGGUUAACACCUCAAACUCUGGAUCUGGAGGUCCGGGGUUCAAGCCUCGCCCGUCACAUUGUUUCCUUAGACAAGGAACUUUACUCCACUUUGUCUCUCGUCACCCAGGUGUAUAAAUGGGUACGGGCAACAUACUGCUGGGGGUAACCCUGCCAUGGACUAGGAUUCCAUUCAGGGGGGAGUAGCAAUACUUCUAGGCAUGCUUCAGGCUAUGGAAACUGGUAUAAGCUCCAGCCGUUUGGACCUUGGGUCUAUCAUUUUGGGUCCAAACUUUCGACAUUCUCCAGACAUUUUUGACUCCGAGGAAACUGAUUAGCUUUAGUUUCGCGCACUUUAUUUCAGAUCUAUCUUUCACAAAUUGAUUACUGUAACAACAUUUCAUCUUCAUGGUCGCUGUAAGAAGGAUAACUCUCAACAUCUACUUGCUGGAUCUCGGUCAAGUUUUAAAAAUACAUUUGUUCCUGGUGUUUAAACAACUUUGUUUCUUUUUGUACAUCGCAUUAAUCUUCUUUCCUUGAAAAUUUUACCCCACCUUUUAGGUUAAUUUUCUUUAUUGGAAAGUACUUUUCCUUUAAUUCACGUUAAUUUAAGUCGCGUUAAUUUCAAAUACCUUAAUUAACCCUCAAGUGUUAAUUUCCUAUAAUAAGGUAUUAUUCUUUUGUAAUGCUAUUUGAGUCAGUGCACAAAUAUAUAUGAAGCAGCUACAUGUAUUAGUUCUUGCAGUUUAAAAAAUUUAGUUGUUCUUAUACGAUUUAGAGGCAAAAAUAUCAUUGAUUGUACAAGAGAGCACUCCAAAUUCCUGUCUGUAGUUGCAACAAGGAUAUCCAUAUUCUUGCUCUGCUUUCAAAGUCAAAAGUUGCAAUGAGACACAGGAAUUUUGAGCGCUCUCUUGAGUGAAAAAUACCCUGGCACAGCAGGCUAGCACCUUGAUUGGCUGUUGAAUACUUUUGCUUACAUGUGUAUGGGUCAUUCACUACUUUGUUGUUAUGACUGUCUUAGCUAUGGAAGAAAUUUGGAGAUGCUAAGAAUGAUGGUCCAGGACCAAAUCCAUCAACAACUACAGUCACUGAUGAUGUUUUCCUCAUCCUCACUUCAAACAAGGAGGUAACUUAAAAUUAUGUUGACCAGUUUCGUAAAUUUUGUUAUAAUUCUGUUUGCAAAAUAAACUAAACCACUGAGGAUAAGCUCGGUUGUUGGAGCGAUGGACUGCGCUAGUGGGAGGUCGCAAAUUUGAUCCCUCUGACCAGAUAAAUACUCUGGGUCUUACAGAAACUAAGGUACUGCCUUGGCUUGCAAAAUUAAUAACUAAACUUUUGCAAGGCAAAAAGCAAGUGUCCUUAAUAUUUUAUCACUAGUAAUAGCUUAAGAUUAGGGAGAGCAGGUGAGAUUGAUCAAAGGUUAAAAUGCUCUUGCUCCAAGGCUGUGCUUUGCCUACUUGUAAGUUUCACAUGAUGGAAGGUCAAAAGAGGGUUGAAAAUUUUCCAGGAAGAGCAAUUUUUAGCUCUUUCGAAAUUGAAAGAUAAAAGUUAUUACUCAAUUGACGUUUCUAGGACUUACAACAAGAAAACGAAGAUCCACUUAAGAAGCUAAGUCAAAGCCAGCAGAAGAUUGUACAGUGCCGUCACUGCAAAGGAGACCAUUGGACUACCAAGUGCCCCUACAAAGAUCAACUAGAAAUGAUACAAAGUCAAGUCAAUGAUUCUAAACCUUCUACCGGUAAAGUGUUUACAGUAUCACUGAGGUUACGUAUAUACUUUGUAAUAACUGCUAUCUAAAAGAUGAGAAAUUUGUCAUUUUUCUUGUUCGUCAAACCUAGAAAUUGUUUAGCAAAGUUUUGCCUGCUGUAAAGUCCAGUCAAACUCUUAAUUUGAAAGACUAGCCUCCCACCCAGGCGUUUUUAGGGGGGCUCAUAUUUCGUCCCUCCCCACUUAAAUACCUGCUCAAGCGAGAACAACAUUCCUUUCCCAUUGUUUUAUUCACGUGGUAAGUGACCAAUCAGUUGUGAAAUAAACUGUUGACAGGCUAAACAUGACUCAUAACCUCGUGGUAGUGUAAAAACGUGACCCCAGAGUGACCUUUUUUCUUCUUUUCUUUCCUUCGCAAAGGUUAUUCAGUGCAUGGAGUAUUCUAAAAUCUGACUAAAUCUUACUUUUGCCGCUCUGAGUCUAACAUUUUAUAAGAGGUUAUAAAGCUUUCCUUGUGUUUCAUGCAGAUCGAGUAAUUAACAGGUUACCCUGUGGUCAAGGUCAACUUUCCAGAUUUUGGAAAGUACAGUGUGAUUGGCUAAGCUUGGGAAAGGAAAGUUGUUCUCCGUUGGGCAGGCGUUUGUGGGGAGGGAUGAAAUACAAGCUCCCCUAAAAACGCCUGUGUUGGAGGCUAGCAUAAGAUAUUGGCAUGUUUGAUGUCACAUUGAAUCCGACUUCUGACAAUGUACUGGGACACUUUGUCUUGUGAGUUUCUUGUGAUUGCCUGCCAAAAUGAGAUCAUUUGAGAAAUAAUGCCAAAUUUGCUCGGAAAGCUAAUGUGAGCAACUUUGAUUUUGUUUGUUUUGAGUCAAGGUUUGCUGUGGUUCUGUUUUUAGGAGCAGCCGCAGGUACUGCAGAACCAUCUGCAGCAUCCAAGACUGGAAAGUACAUUGCACCUGGAUUGCGUGAAGGUGCAGCAAACCGAAGAGGAGAGACUAUGCCCCGUCAGCGUCAAGGUAGAUUGUAGUAUUGAACACUGCAAGCAUUCACUUUUAAAGUCCACAUUUCACUUUGUAAAAUAAUGGAAAACAAAUAGUACACUGUGCCAUGGAAAAGUACUGCUAAAGAGGUUUCAACUGAAUGGUCACACCAAAGACAUGUAUGAAUUUUUCUGGACUCUAAAGUUUUAACCAUUUUUGAUAGUGUUACUACCCAUUAAGCCCCAGUGUCCAUAUAUAAAUCCUCAGGACUAAUCUCCAUACAUUUUCCUUAAGGAAUUAGUUGAGAGAAUUUAAUAAAAGAUCUAAGCAUUCUCCUUUUGGUAUAGAGUGUUUUCAUUCACGUGGCCAGCAUCUAUGCAAAUUUAUUGGAACAAAAGAAAGCGGUUGUAUAAGAAAAGAGUUCAACUCCCAGAGGACUGGUUUGGGAAACCAACAUGGCCGCCGUUUCAUUGUUUUGGGAAACCAAUCUGGCCGCUGUGACGUCAUGUGAAAACACUCCAUAUCCUGAAUUUCAGACGAUUAUUUCGAGUCGUGAGGGAGUAAAAACGGCUCGAAGUAAUCGUCUGAAAUUCAGGCUAUCUUUGGUAAUUAUUAUUUCAUUAUUUUCCUUGCUCCAGCAUCUUUAACAGGCUGUAAAGCACUAAUGUAUUUAUCAUGUUUUUGUUUCUACCUUAAUUAGAUGAAACAGCAACUAUUCGGGUAACAAACUUGUCUGAAGACACCAGAGAAAAUGACUUGAAUGAGUUGUUCCGUCCAUUUGGCUAUAUUUCCAGGAUCUUCUUAGCCAAAGACAAGAUAACUAACCAGUCAAAGGUACGAUGCUUGACUUGCCAGCAAUUUUCCCUCGGUUCAGCCGUUUCCUUUAACUUUCUAGUCUUAAAAAAGGCGGAUUCCUAUCUAAGUCAAAAUUAUGUGUUAUCAACCAAGCAUGAAGUUGUAUGGACCGAGACAAAGACAAGUCGGGUUCCAUAAAAACGCAAUACAAGAACGAGGCCAAUAUUAGAGAGAUAAAGAUUCAGGUUUACGCCAAACGCCAAACCACCUCACCAAGUUUUCCCCGAAUUUGUCGUUUACUGUUUACUACCUCUACACAAAAAUAAGUGGUUUCACGCCAGUUUUCUCCACAAGAAUUGUUCUGGACAGUUUUUAUCUGCUUAUUUUCUAUUCUGAGAAAUUCUCAACUUGAAUUUGCCGUUUGCCGUUUGCCCUUUGCCGUGAACGUGACUCUUAAAUCUCUUCUAUCUGUCAGUCAUCUCAACCGAACAAGCAUGGCCACUACUGAAAGGAUAUAUUUUAUGGCCGAAACUAACCUUUUCUUGCGGAUCAGACUUUUCCACUUGCGAAGCAAGUCAUACAAUAAAGACUCUUAGGGCGGCCCCUUUUUUGUCCUUCUUUCAGAUAGUUAACCGGCCCUAACCCCAUUAUCCACAUACAAAUUCUUUAGACUUAUCUCCGUACAUUUCCUUGUAAAAUUAGUUCGGAGAAUUUGUAAAAGAUCAAAGUAUUUUCCUUUCGGUGAUCAUUUUAUUGAUUCUCAUUUAACUUUUUCUCAUGAAUACAUGUGUGUGGUGAUAUUAAUGAGCUCACGCAACAGGACGGGAGAGGAAAGAAGGCGGCAAACCUUGCAUGACAAGCGUGACAAUAGUUAUUUUGGAAAACUUGUUCGCCAAACUUCACCCUCCUUUAAACAAGUCUUUUCAGAAACAUUAACUUAAGUGAAGAUCACCACAAAAGACAUAAGUAAUAGGCCUGUCACGUUUGUCACCCAAGCGUUUUGCCGUCCUCUUCUUUCUGCCGUCAUGUUGCGUAAACUCACUAUUGUCAGAAGAAAAUUGAUGUUGGUCACUCGUGGUACUUUAAAGAGUAAGCUGUAAAAAUUUCCAUUUUCUCUGUUUACAGGGUUUCGCCUUUAUAAACUUUCAAAGACGCGAUGAUGCAGCCCGUGCGAUUAUGGCGCUCAAGGGAUUUGGUUACGAUCAUCUUAUCUUAAAUGUCGAAUGGGCCAAGUAA